CGGGGUGGGUACUCCUGUCUGUGUUGUGGCAGUGGGACCCGCGAGCAAGCAGCGACGCCAGCGGCGGAGAACCGACAAAAGGUGUCACCACGGUGAUGGCAGUAGAGGACAGCACGCUGCAAGUGGUGGUGCGGGUGCGGCCCCCCACCCCUCGGGAGCUGGAUGGUCAGCGGCGGCCAGUGGUUCAGGUGGUGGACGAGCGGGUGCUGGUGUUUAACCCUGAGGAGCCUGAUGGAGGGCUCCCUGGCCUGAAGUGGGGCGGCACCAAUGAUGGCCCCAAGAAGAAGGGCAAAGACCUGACAUUUGUCUUUGACCGGAUCUUUGGUGAGGCAGCCACCCAACAGGACGUGUUCCAGCACACCACAUACAGCAUCCUGGACAGCUUCCUUCAGGGCUACAACUGCUCAGUGUUUGCCUACGGGGCUACCGGGGCUGGGAAGACACACACCAUGCUGGGAAGGGAGGGAGACCCCGGCAUCAUGUACCUGACCACCGUGGAACUGUACAGGCGUCUGGAGGCCCACCAGCAGGAGAAGUGCUUCGAGGUGCUCAUCAGCUACCAGGAGGUGUACAAUGAGCAGAUCCACGACCUCCUGGAACCCAAGGGGCCCCUUGCCAUCCGCGAGGACCCCGACAAGGGGGUCGUGGUGCAAGGACUUUCUUUCCACCAGCCAGCCUCAGCCGAGCAGCUGCUGGAGAUGCUGACCAGGGGGAACCGUAAUCGCACACAGCACCCCACUGAUGCCAACGCGACUUCCUCCCGCUCCCAUGCCAUCUUUCAGAUCUUUGUGAAGCAGCAGGACAGGGUUCCAGGACUGACCCAGGCUGUCCAGAUGGCCAAGAUGAGCCUGAUUGACCUAGCUGGCUCAGAGCGGGCAUCCAGCACCCAUGCGAAGGGGGAGCGGCUGCGGGAGGGGGCCAACAUCAACCGAUCUCUGCUGGCUCUCAUCAACGUCCUCAACGCCUUGGCCGACGCAAAGGGCCGCAAGACCCAUGUGCCCUACCGGGACAGCAAACUGACCCGCCUGCUCAAAGACUCCCUUGGGGGCAACUGCCGCACAGUGAUGAUCGCUGCCAUCAGCCCCUCCAGCCUGGCCUACGAGGACACGUACAACACCCUCAAAUAUGCCGACCGGGCCAAGGAGAUCAGGCUUUCGCUGAAGAGCAACGUGACCAGCCUGGACUGUCACAUCAGCCAGUAUGCUACCAUCUGCCAACAGCUCCAGGCUGAGGUAGCCGCUCUGAGGAAGAAGCUCCAAGUAUAUGAAGGGGGAGGCCAACCCCCAAAACAGUACCUCCCAAGAUCCCCCAAGUCGGGACCACCACCACAACACCUUCCCAGCUCCCCCUUGCCACUCCACCCUCCCAGCCAGCCCUGCACCCCAGAGCUCCCUGCACGGCCUAGAGCCCUUCAAGAGGAGAGUCUGGGGACAGAGGCCCAGGUGGAGAGGGCCAUGGAAGGGAACUCUUCAGACCAGGAGCAGUCCCCAAAGGACCAGGGUGAAGGCCCAGCUAAGGAGGUUCCAACACAGAUGCCAGAGCAGAACCCCACACAUGCACUGCCAGAGUCCCCUGGCCUGACCCUGCAGCCCAACCCAGUCGUGGGCCACCUCUCAGCACAGGAACUGGAACGGGAUCGUUCUAAGCAGUUGGCCCUUAAGGUGCUGUGCCUGGCCCAGCGGCAGUACUCCCUGCUCCAAGCAGCCAACCUCCUGACCCCCGACAUGAUCACAGAGUUUGAGACCCUACAGCAGCUGGUGCAAGAGGAAAAAACUGAGCCUGGGGCAGAGGCCUCUAGCACUUCUGGCCUGGCCAGGGGGACACCUCUGACUCAGGAGCUGUGUUCAGAGUCAAUCCCUGUGCAGUCUCCUCUCCACCCAGAGCCUCCAGGAUACACUGGCCCUGUGACCCGGACCAUGGCGAGGCGACUGAGUGGCCCCCUGCACACGCUGGGGAUCCCAUCUGGACCUAACUGCACACCAGCCCAGGAAUCCCGAUGGCCCAUGGAGAAGAAGAAGAGGAGGAGACCAAGCCCCUUGGAGCCAGACAGUCCCAUGGCCCCAAAGCGGGGCACCAAGCGCCAGCGCCAGUCCUUCCUGCCCUGCCUGAGGAGAGGGUCUCUGCCUGACGCCCAACCUUCACAGGGGCCCAGCACCCCCAAAGGAGAAAGGGCCUCCUCCCCCUACCAUUCCCCUCACUUUUGCCCAACCACAGUCAUCAAAAGCCGGGUGCCUCUAGGCCCUUCUGCCAUGCAGAACUGCUCUACCCCACUGGCCCUGCCCACUCGAGACCUCAACGCCACCUUCGAUCUCUCCGAGGAGCCUCCCUCAAAGCCCAGUUUCCAUGAAUGCAUUGGCUGGGACAAAAUCCCCCAGGAGCUGAGCAGGCUAGACCAGCCCUUCAUCCCCAGGGGACCCAUGCCCCUGUUCACCAUGAAGGGUCCCAAGCCAACAUCUUCCCUCCCUGGGACCUCUGCCUGCCAGAAGAAGCGCAUUGCGAGUUCCUCAGUCUCCCGUGGCCGCAGCCGCAUCGCCCGCCUCCCCAGCAGCACUUUGAAGAGGCCAGCUGGGCCCCUUGUACUGCCAGAGCUGCCCUUGAGUCCCCUGUGCCCUAGCAACCAGAGGUGUGGAAAGGACCUCAUCAGGGUGGGGAGAGUGCUGUCAGCGGGGAACGGCGUCACCAAGGUGUCCUGAUCGCCAGAAUGUCCUGAUCACCAAGGUGUCCUAACCCACCGGCCCCUCUAUGCUGGACAGACCUGGAGCCACCUGCACCAGGAGCUGGACCUGCCUUCCUUACCUGGGAGCAAUUAGUGCCAACACACCUUCGCUGUAUUAACAUCCCUUCCCAGACAUCAUCCUGCUACUCACCCUCUGUUAAUCUCCUGUUACACUCAGCUUCUUGGUAUGUACAUAUUCAUUUGUGAGUGUUAACGUGCUGCUAUUUUUUGGUUUUGGUUUUGGUUCUGGUUUUGUUUUUGAGAUGGAGUCUCACUCUGUCGCCCAGGCUGGAGUGCAGUGGUACGAUCUCGGCUCACUGCAACCUCCGCCUCCUGGGUUCAAGUAAUUCUCCUGCCUCAGCUUUCCAAGUAGCUGGGAUUACAGGUGCCUGCCACUAUGCCUAGCUAAUUUUCAUCUGUUUAAUAGAGAUGGGGUUUUGCCAUGUUGGCCAGGCUAGUCUUGAACUCCUGACCUCAGGUGAUCCGCUUGCCUCAGCUUCCCAAAGUGCUGAGAUUAUAGGCGUGAGCCACCGCGCCUGACCCGUGUUGCUGUUCUAAAGGUGCUGCCAUGUUCCCCCCUCAUUUUUUAUUUUUAUUUUGCUUGAGACAGAAUCUCGCUCUGUGGCCCAGGCUGGAGUGCAGUU